AUGUCCACCCCCGCGAUUCUCGCAACACCCACCCGACAACCCGAGCGCACGGCGAAGAGACGCACUGUCAGUAGAAGAGUAUACGGGAAGCGCAAGGCAGACGCACCACGGGCGGUAUUCGAGCACAAGAGUCCGCCCAAGGAAACAGCAAAGGGUGCGGGCGAUGUCGUAGUGGAUGGCCUGCAGGCCAAGAUGGCCAGCAUCACGAUAAAGCCGCGGGCGAUGAAGGGCGGAAAGAAAAAGCAAGAAAAGAAGGAGGAUAAAGGGGUUGUUGAUGCGUUUUCGGUUCCCCGCGAUGAAGAAGAACCUGUGAAGGAGGAGUCUAUUGCGUCAAAACCGGUGCCGGACACCGCGGAGAUCGAGCCACAGAUCGAGGUGGUCGAACAACCACCCCCGGAGAGCACAACAACCGAAAGACAAUGCGAGAGGAUGUUCAGCAUUGAAAUAAGUCCAAGGAAGCCAGAAUCCGAAUUGAACGAACAUAAACCAUUAGAUGAGAGCGCCACACAACACAGAAGACGGGCGGCCCCCGCAAGGAAGAAGAAACCCGCCCCGCGACUAUCCUCCGGCUGCGUUCAAGACGAGAAAGCCAACGAAUACGCCCAUUCGAUUCUCAACGAAGCUUUAUCGCCAAUCGCCGCACAAGGUGUGCAGAAGUUCGGUUCAUGGGCCGCUCGUGGUGGAAAUAUGCUGCAGGUGGUGAAACUCGCGGAAGGAUCAUACGGUGAAGUCUACAAGAUGCGCCUCCGGGAAGAGGUCUGUAAACAGGAAAUGUCCAAGUCGAAGCUGGCGAAGCUGCGCGCUUACGGCGAUGGUGUGUUCAAGGUGGUUCCGUUGCGAGCUGUGAAGGGUCUUGGUUCGAAGAAGUUCACCAGCGUCGAUGAAAUCGUGUCGGAGGUCAAGAUGCUCAAGUAUCUUGAUCCGAUUCCUGGAUUUGCUCGGUUUAGGGAAAUCCAUGUCGUUCAGGGUCGUUUUCCGGAGUCCUUCCAGGAGGCAUGGGAUUACUACAAGAAGACCAAGGAUGAUUGUAUGAACCCGAACCCGGCGAACAAGAGGGCAUAUCCGGACUCGCAGAUGUGGGCUAUUAUUGAGAUGGAUGAUGCUGGGUGUGAAUUGGAGAAAUUUUCUUGGUCGUCCGUGUUCCAGAUCUAUGAUAUAUUCUGGGGUGUUGCGAUGGCUCUUGCACGGGCGGAGGAAUACGCUUUGUUCGAGCAUCGGGAUCUCCAUCUUGGAAACGUUUGCAUUCGUUCUGCGCGCUCAGACGGCCGCAUGGAUCCGCCUACCGACCUUGAGAUUGUAUCUCGAACACAUUCUAGCGGAUACGGAUUUAGCACCCUCGAGACAACUCUCAUUGAUUACUCACUUUCUCGUGCUGAGUUGCGGCUCAACGAAGACCCAAAUGCACCGCCCGAAGUGGCCUCUUCUGAUCUAGACAAGAAACAAUUAUUUGACGCUAUCGGCCACGAUGAGGACGACGCCUUGCUGCGAGACACAUAUAGACACAUGCGCUCUGAGCUAUACACCGGAAACCCAGCAAAUCCUGAAAAGCCAGCAGAUGUUCCCGGAAUCUGGUCUGAAUACGCUCCUGGAACUAACAUAGUCUGGCUCCGUUUCCUACUCAAAAACCUAUUGAAAAACAAGAAGGACGAAAUCCGACCAACACAACCACAAACAACACAACGAAAAGCUUUAGCGCCCUGUUCACCAAAUAAGCAGAACAUUGUCAUCAGCAAACAGUCUGGGCAGAAACAAGGGAAGGGUUCCGGGAAUAGGCCUCUUGUGCAGCGAAUAAACAUCGCAGAAGCACAGCUACAGGCUACUCAGUGGAGGAAGAUUCUUGACGAUAGACUAGAAGCUGUCCUUGACCUGUUAGAUCUCGAGCACCGUCAUGAGGAUAUGUGUUGUGCAGCAGAUUUGGUGGCGUAUGCGAUUGAUUCGCAGUGGUUGGAAGAGAGGGAUUUCUUCUGA